UGGGCUCUAUUUAAUAUUAAACAGGUUCUUAAUAACCUGCUAUUUCUCUCCAUAGCUGCAGGAGGGUCCCUCCUGGACGUACAGAGUUGCAGUUAGCAGUUCCCGCGAAGUUGUAAGCUACUCCCCAGGACCAAGUGGUGUUAAAUUUAGAAGUCAUGCUGAUCACCUGACUGUCGGUGAGCCCGAUUUAAGAAUUUCCAAGUCUACCCUUGUCACCUCUAUCUACCUAUAUUUGCAGACACAGCUCGUUGCCCGGCCUGGGGUCACCACCGGAACCUCCUGGAGACCUGCCCUGCGGAGGACGCCCUUCCAGCACAGGAGAGCUCGCCACUUGGGAGCGGCGGCGCCCAAUUGGCGCCCACCCCGGGGCACGCUGCAGUCAAUGCCUGGCAGCGACUUCUCGCUUCGCCCUCCGCCUCCCCCAUCGACCCUCUCUGGCCGACCUUUACGCCCAACUCCGUCGCGCUGCGAGCCUCGCGUCCUCGCGGUCCACGCGGGGCCCCACCCCUUCCCGGUUCCUGCCCGCGAUCGGGCCGGAGGCGAGGUGAAUGGGAAGAUGGAGAUGGAUGUUGAGGGAGUUUCUCCGCGCCCGGAGCCCAUCCCCCGCUCCCAGGGGGCUGGCGGAGCCUGCCAGGCGCCGCCACAGCCGCCCCAGCCCCAGCCCCAGCCCCAGCCGCAGCCGCAGCAGCAGCCGCUGGCUCAGGAUGAAGUGCCCGGCGGUGAGAGUGCAGGCGCGGAGGACAGCGACGAUCCCGAGGCGAGACCCAGCAGGGAGAAAGGAGAGAGCAAGAGACCCUCGGCCAGCAAGUCUUCGGGGGCUCCUUCCUAUAGCAGAUGGUCCAGUUCACAGCCACAUCAGUCUAGCUCCACAGUGAGAGCCUAUCAAACAAGUAAGUCCCGAGUGACCAUGAGCCCUGGCUUCAGCUCUCAGUGGAACAGCAGCCAACCAGCCUGGAACACAUACUCCUUCCCAAGAGCAAGCUUGCACUAUCAGUCCCAUGCCAGCUAUGCCUACUGUACUGGACACCCUGCUGUAAGUACCACCAUUUUUCUGUAUUUAGCAUAUUGGAUACUUCAUGCAGGUACAGCUUGA